AUCCUCUGCUCUCUCUCUCUCUCUCUCUCUCUCUCUCUCUCUCUCUUUUCCUCUCAUCCAUUUAUGAUUUCUAUACCAUUUUCGCCUCUUCCUUCUCUUCUCCGUUAUCCAUUCGACGAAGCUUCAUUCAACAAUAUGAAUUCUUGAUCCUGAUUUCUUGAUUUGGUGUUGAUUGUGGGUUUUCUUUCCGUUUUCCUCACAAUCCACCCUGUGCCCUUUUAUUUCGUUCUAUUCUUUCAUAUUGUUCUUCAAAAUCCCGUAUGAGGAGAAGAAGAGCAGCAGCCGCCGCCGCGGCCACCACCGCCGCAGCAACUGAAGGAGUAGUGGAACCAAACGGAUCUGCACCUCAAAAUAUAAUAAAGGGGAAAGAACCCAGAUAUAGAGGAGUCCGGAAAAGAACAUGGGGCAGAUUUGCCGCCGAGAUCAGAGAUCCUUUGAAAAAGACUAGAGUCUGGCUCGGUACCUUCGACUCCGCGGAGGAUGCUGCCCGUGCUUAUGACGCUGCCGCCCUUUCCCUCCGUGGACCCAAGGCCAAAACCAAUUUUGUCAUCUCAUCCUCCCAUUUAUCCCCUUUCACCUACCAAAACCCCCCCGAUUCUUUCAUGGAUCACAGGUUAUAUACAGCAGAUGGAUUUGAUGAGCAUCACGUAAAUCCCCAGAGACCCACUUCUAGCAGUCAGAGCAGUACGGUGGAAUCUUUCAGCGGUCCCAGGCCACCGGUGUCAACAACAGCAACAAAAAGAUCGCGGAUUUUGUUGUCGGCGACUGCCCCGAAGAAGACCCAUCAGAGGACUCAACCGAUGGUGCCGGAGGAUUGUCAAAGCGAUUGUGAUUCGUCGUCUUCGGUUAUUGACGAUGGUGAUAUUGCAUCAUCCUCGUCCUUGAGCUGCCGGAAGCCCUUACCUUUCGAUCUGAAUUUUCCACCGAUGGAUCAGGUUGACUUUGUUAUUGAUGAUCUCCAGUGUACUGGUCUAUGCCUUUGAUGAUAAUGAUGACUAGAAAAAAAAAUCAAUUUUUUAACAUUAUUGUGCGGAUUGAAGAGGGAAAAAAAAGAAAAAAAAAUCAGAUUAGAUUACGAUAAACUCAUCUUAAUCUGUGUGAGUAUGCACGUAUUCUGUUUUCUUGAUGGUCUUUUUUUGAUGGAUUAUUAAGCUACUGGUUACAGAUCCAUCUCUGUAUAUUUUUCUUCGUCUCCCUUUAAUAGAAAGACUUUUACUGCUUUA